AACCGUUUCCAUCCUGGGCCAUAGCUCUCCUGGUUCUCCUGGUUCUGGUUCUAAUUGUUGCUGCUGGUCUUUUAUAUCAUUUUCGGCACUAUUUCAUGUCAGUCCAACAGGUGGAGGUGGAUUCAGGGGUGGAGUCGGUCCUGCUGCCCUGCAGAACCAUAGUUCACCUGCCUGGAGAUGCUACAGUGGAGUGGAAGGACAGUAGAAACAGGAAGGUCCAUGUGUAUAAGAACGGUUCUGAUCAUUCUGAAGAACAGAACCAGUUCUACAGAACCAGAACCAAGAUGAAUGAAGACCUGCUGAGAACUGGAGACCUCAGUCUGACUCUGAAACAUCCCACAGAUAAAGACAGUAACAUCUACACCUGCAUCGUCUCCAGCAGGGAGAGAAACAUCCUGAUGAUGAAACAAGUUGAUCUCCAGGUCAAAGCACCAACAGUUCAGGUCCAGAACCAACCAAAGGACAUCAGGACCAGAACCAGCUCCACUGAUCCGACUCCUCUGAUGGCUGAACAUCAAGUCUGGUCAGUUUGUUGAUCCAUCUUUGAUUACUGAUCCAAUCUGACUUUGGAUCAGAGAGAAGAUCUCAGUGAAGGUUCUGAUGGAUCAUCAGAGGAACCUUGAUCCAGUCUGCAGACCUUGAUCAGUAUUGAUUAUAGAGAACUUGAAGCCUUUUCAGGUAGAAGAAUCGGACUCAACCUGGGUGUGAAUAAGUCAAGUGGAUGUUUCCAGUUAAAGAUCAGAACCAUUUUAGGUUCUAUGACGUCCAAUCCAGCAGUUGUUCUCAAGCUGAAGGUAUGAAGGUAACUGGAUCAUUUCUGCUGCCUGUGUCUGAGCUGGAGAACCAUUUUAUGAGGACUGGUUCUGGUUUUAAAUGGAGAGAAACGGUGGGAUUUAUUAAUGCUGCAGUCAGAACAGCAACAGAUUUAACAUUUGAGCCCAAUCGGACCCAGAAAUCUGACCCAGCACCAGCCAGAACCUCCUGAGGAACAACCUCUCCAUCAUUAUUUUCUCAUCAACUCAAAUCCAGACGAGGAAAAAUAUGAAAACUGUUUACUUCAAGUUAAUAAUUUGGAUGUUUUGACCAAAGAAAAGCUGUAAAUAUUUUGUUCCUUUAGGGUUUACUUCAGGUCCAGUUUGACUGAUCCUCCAGAACCAUGUUAGAACUUGUUCUCCUCAGUGUGACGAUGCAGCAGAGAGAGAUGGUUCCAGUCCUGAUCAACAGCAGCUCACAUGUUAAAUAUUAGUUCUUCUAUCCAGGCAGCCAUUAGUCCAGGUUUUAAACUGCUAGCAGCUUUUUCUACAUCUGUUACCUGAUCAACUCAUUUUAUCAAGUUCUGAUCAACGCUUCUGGUUCUGUAUUUCUAUGUCCUGUCAAUGUUCUGAUCCAUAUUUGAUCUUCUACGGACCUCUGUUACUGUGUGAGAAGCAGUUUGUAUCUCCAGGAUUUCUGUGGAGUCAACCUGGAUGUUUCAGUGUUUUUCUAAGUUCUUCUUCACUCUGCUGCUCUUCCUCCUCUCUUCGAUAUAUCCAGUCAUUAUAAAGUUGUCACAUGUAUCUACUGCACUGAGAUGUUUGCUCUGUAUGAAACGGGACCUUCUCUCCAGGAGGUCUGCUGCUCUUCAUCAGGAGCAGCAGGCUGAACGGAGAGGAGGUCUCCUGCAACCAAAGCUUCAUUAAAUCUUCAUCAUGGA